AUAACCCCAUUACAGUUCUCACCUGCACGUGCACACCGUUUGACAGCACACGACGGGAGCGAAAGCUUUCGACUGUCACCCGUCACUAUUAUUGCCGACGAUUGAUAAUCAAAAACUGAAGAAAAGCCCGAUCGCACUCCCAACACAAUACUGUGCGCCGCUUUAAACUUCCAUCCCAAAAAAAAAAACGGCUCAUAAAAUGAUACGUUCCAGUGCGUUUAUCAGCCGGCUACCGUUGCGUGGAAUUGCGGCUGCAACCCUUAACAGUAAUGGGGCGCUGUUGCAAUCGCCAGCCACCAGCUUAGCAGCACUGCAAACAGCACAGGUCCGGUACCGAUCGACACCGAUCAAUACGGUCAUAAUGUUUGUGCCACAGCAGGAGGCCUGGAUCGUGGAGCGGAUGGGUAAAUUUCAUCGCAUUCUCGAGCCGGGUCUGAACGUGCUCCUGCCCGUCGUGGACCGUGUGAAAUAUGUACAAAGCCUAAAGGAAAUUGCGAUCGACGUACCGAAACAGUCGGCCAUCACGUCCGACAACGUAACGCUCAGCAUCGACGGUGUGCUGUACCUGCGCAUCCUUGACCCAUAUCUCGCGUCGUACGGUGUGGAAGAUCCGGAGUUUGCCAUCACGCAGCUCGCCCAAACAACGAUGCGCUCCGAGCUGGGCAAGAUGUCACUCGACAAGGUGUUCCGGGAGCGUGAAUCGCUCAACAUCAGCAUCGUGGAAUCGAUCAAUAAGGCCAGCGAAGCGUGGGGCAUUUCCUGCCUGCGGUACGAAAUCCGUGACAUCAAGCUGCCGAGCCGCGUGCACGAAGCGAUGCAGAUGCAGGUCGAGGCGGAACGACGCAAGCGGGCCGCCAUUCUCGAAUCCGAGGGUGUCCGGGCGGCGGAUAUUAACGUUGCCGAGGGUAAGCGACAAUCGCGCAUCCUCGCGUCCGAAGCCCAGAAGCAGGAAGAAAUUAACCGGGCCAAUGGUGAGGCGGCGGCCAUUAUGGCGCUGGCCGAUGCCCGUGCCAAAAGUCUUAAAAUCGUUGCCGAAUCACUCGCGAACGAGCAUGGCCGGAGUGCGGCCUCGCUGAGCGUGGCGGAAAAGUAUGUGGUGGCUUUCGAGAAGCUGGCCAAACAGAACAACACACUGAUCGUACCGUCGACCGCGUCCGAUGUAACGUCGAUGGUAGCGCAGGCCAUGCAGAUCUACAACAAUCUCUCCAAUACCUCACAGAUGUCCCGGUCAUCGGCCACGGGAUCGGAACGGGUGGACGAGCCGAAGAGCGUACUGGGGACGCUCAACGAUACUAGCUCGAAGCUUGACGCCACACUGCCACCGCUGGACAGCCAUCAGCAUCAUCCGGGAGACAUGGGGGGCUCGUCGGCGAAAUAAAAGGCAGAUCGAUCGUUCGAAGAAAAAACAACCGCACAUGCAUUAUUAAACGUCUCGUUGCUAAAACACACACACACACACACAAAACACAACACAAAACACAACACAUGCAAUGGCACACGUUUGCUUACUUAGUGGAAGAAAAUAGGAUAGAAUAAGAAUGAGUCGAAUGAGUGUGAGGUCUUCUAAAGGGACAAAACAAACCCGUGCAUAAUAGUGGUGGUGUAGUGCGUAAGGUAUGAACGACUCCAGAGUGUGAGCAUGAAUUCUGUUAAUGUAAAUAACUCUUCUUCUCGGUUAAACUUCUGAGGAGGAAAAAAGAUAAAAAUAAACCAAACGUGAAAGUGUUGAUUGCUUGACGAACCAACAAAACCAAA